GUUCAUACGAGAUGGGGAUUAAACGUCGCUCAGUCGGCAUUGCCAGUGCUCACCCGCAUACUGUAGAGAAUAGAUCAACAUCGACCAAAGACAAUUUUCAAACAAUGCUGUGUAAAGUUUGCGUAAUUUUCCUUUUAUUGGCUGCUUGUGCUUACGGGUAUGAAGACUGCGGUUCAACUGCUGGAUCAAUCGUAUCAGUCAAUGUAUCCAAUUGUGACAACAUAAAGAAAUGUGUACUGAAGAGGAACACAAAUGCAAGCAUAGAGAUUAGUUUUACGACAAAUGAGGAUUCGGAUGUUCUAAAGGCAGUAGUACAUGGAGUGGUGCUUGGAGUACCAUUUCCUUUCGAUUUGCCAAAUCCUGAUGGAUGUACAGACUGCGGAAUAACUUGUCCCAUUACUGCGGGUCAAACGUACAGCUACCACACGACAUUACCUGUUUUAAAAAGUUAUCCCAGGGUCACUGUGGACGUUAAAUGGGAACUGCAGGAUAAAGACGGAAAAGACGUGGUUUGCGUCACCAUCCCAUCACAAAUUAAAGUAGUCCAACUAAAGCAAUUUGGCAUAAAGGUGGAAAAUUUGGAGACUAUGUUACUUAAGCUAUUUUUCAUUUUGUUCAUCAUUAAUUGUGGUUUGUGUCAGUACAAAGAUUGUGGUUCGAAAGAGGGAUCGCUUGUUAACGUUUCAAUAUCCGACUGCGAACCUAACGCCAAGAGAUGCAUUCUAAAGAAAAAGAAAAGUGUCACAAUCACAAUAAAUUUCACCAAUGUAGAAUCUAAAGUAGUCACAGCGGAAGUAUGUGGUUCUCUGGUGUUCUUAAAUGUAGUGUGUGCUCCUUUCCCAUUACCAGAGUCAAAUGGUUGUAACUCUGGAAUAAAGUGUCCUGUCACACGAAAUCAAAUUAAUACAUACAAGGCAUCGAUUGAUGUUAAAUCUGUAUAUCCCAAGGCUGCAGUGAAUGUGAAAUGGAAGUUGAAAGACGAAAAUGGACAAGACAUUAUUUGUCUAAUUAUACCGGCAACUAUACGUUAAUCCUUAUUUGCUCCUAGUAAGUGAUGGUUAGUACCGAGUUCAUAACUUGGACAAUGUCGUAGUUUAAAAUUAGAAAAUAUGCUAUCAAUCUUACUAAUAAUUACUAAUAUUAAACAUUAAUAAUAAUAAAUAACAGUUGUAUCUCACAGUCCAAUAUUAAAUCUGGUUGACUUUA